AUGAAGGACGCCUCAAACGGCUCUGGCCAGCCGGUGCCCUUGAUGGCAGCAUGGAAUACCGAGUCGCAGAUCCAUUUGAUUGUCGGCGCCAGCCCUCUUGCCGCAGCGAGAUGUACGAAGAGCCUGGAAGCUGGCGCCACGCCGAUUAUAAUUACGCCGGAGACGGUGGACAUGCAUUUUACCCUGUCAGAGCAUAUUUCUAAAGGCUCGGCACAGUGGGUGAAGCGCGAAUUUCAAGACGGCGACUUGACUAGUCUGGGUAGAGAGGAGGUAGACCAUGUGGUGGACAUGGUUUUCGUUACCUUGGGUGGCAACCAUCCAUUGAGUCCGCAUAUCUCGAAAAUAUGCCGCCGUCUUCGAAUCCCUGUGAAUGUGUCUGAUUCUCCCGAGCUUUGCUCUUUCAGCCUUCUCUCCACCUACUCCGACGGCCCGCUUCACAUUGGAAUUACAACAUCAGGUCGUGGAUGCAAGCUUGCCUCUAGACUUCGACGAGAAAUUGGUUCAUUUUUGCCUGCCAACCUUGGAUCCGCGAUUGAUCGACUUGGCGCCGUGCGUCGACGACUCUGGGAAGAAGACAAUGCGGCUGGUUUGAGUGAAACGGCCCUGGAGGUGGAUGACGACGAUACAUCUGGACAAAGCCACCACUUCAACGCCUUGGUAACAGAGGGCGACGUUGCCGCGGCAAAGACAAGACGUAUGCGCUGGCUUUCGCAAAUCUGCGAGUACUGGCCGCUACGCAAACUUGUCUCGAUUACUGACGCCGACAUUGAUGCUAUAUUGAAAGCCUAUAACUCUGGUCGGGAUACUUCCAGUGAUACAAAUUGUGUAAAUGGGAUUAGUGGGGUUUCAGAGAAGGGCAGGAUCGUGCUUGCAGGCUCUGGCCCCGGACAUCCAGACCUCUUGACCCGUGCCACCUACAAUGCCAUCCAAAACGCGGAUAUCAUUCUGGCAGACAAGCUGGUGCCAGCUCCUGUUUUGGACUUGAUUCCUCGUCGGACAGAGGUUCACAUUGCGCGCAAGUUCCCUGGCAAUGCUGAUCAGGCACAAGAAGAGUUCUUGCAGAUGGGUCUUACCUCGCUGAGAAAGGGACAGAAAGUGCUGCGAUUAAAGCAGGGCGACCCUUAUCUUUACGGUCGCGGAGCCGAGGAGUUUGACUUCUUCCGAAAUGAGGGAUACACUCCCGUUGUGCUGCCUGGCAUCACUAGCGCCAUGAGCGCAUCUCUUUUCGCUGAUAUUCCGGCUACUCACCGGGGCGUUUCCGACCAAGUACUGGUCUGCACAGGAACUGGCAGGAAGGGUGCUGCUCCCAAUCCGCCUACCUAUGUUCCCACCCAGACAGUGGUUUUCUUGAUGGCCCUGCACCGGCUUUCUGCUCUUAUCGAAUCCCUCACCGCAUUCCCUACUGAAGAUACUGAGCGGGCGCGAACACUUUGGCCCAAGGACACACCUUGUGCAAUUGUUGAACGUGCAUCAUGUCCUGAUCAGAGAGUCAUCCGCUCGACUUUGGAAAACAUCUGCUUGGCUUUCGAGGAGGCUGGUUCUCGGCCACCUGGUCUGCUGGUUGUUGGAGCUAGUUGCCAUGUUCUGCACAGCCCUAACGAUGGACAGAAAUGGGUGAUCGAGGAGGGCUUCCACGGCCUUGAAGAACUGGAUAGCGAUUUGGAAGCUGCAUUGGAAAAAUGA